AUGAAGAAGAUUCUCCUCUCGUUACUGGCACAGUCACAAGGCUGGAACUGGAUCUUCGAAGAGCCGCCUUCAAGUCGCCAGGUUAAAGGAUGCCAAGACAACGAAGUCCUGAUCGCCUGUCCCACGGGAGAUGUAGUCAGCGUGAAAAAAACGUUUUAUGGAAGAAAGGACCUUAAUAUUUGUGCUGCGCAUCCGUCAGAAAUUAAGAAUAAGAACUGUGAAAGCAAUCCGCUGGAAGAGGUUCAAAAAAGAUGCAACAAUCGCGAAACCUGCCGAUUACCAGUCGACAUGUCCGUUUUCGAAGACCCUUGUCCAGAGACUUCAAAAUAUCUUCAAGUCGAUUUCGAAUGCGUCAAACACUUAUUCGAUGAGCCGAAAAAGUACUUCCUCCCAUCCCGCUCCGUCGAAUUCUCCGUCCCAGCUCCAGGAACAUGGUCAGAAGACCCAAUUUCCAGCUCUAUUUAUUUCCUCAAAUUCGACACAAGUCGCACCACCGAGCUUUACGAAUUCGCCUCCUUCAACGAAUUUCGUGAAGCAAAUUUCAAAUCCCUACGUCCUUCGUUUUCGCUAACAGUGCCGGCCCUUGAUGCUAAGUUCGCGACGUGGGACAGGAAUAUUUAUUAUCUUACCAGUUCGAAGAUGAUCAAAUACUCGACCAGUCAGCUUUCUCAGGUUGACACCAUCGAUCUCUCCGAAGAAAUCUCCUCCUCCUCAGACCUCUUCAAUCCAUCCCUGGACCUGAUGACAUCCGAAACAGGCCUCUUCGGGGUCAUCCGGCUUGGGCGUUCUGAGAGUCGCUUCCGCAUUCUCCAAUUCUCCACUGAAGGAAAGCUGCGCAUUUCCGAUCGCUGGGAGGUCAAUUUGAAUUCUUCCCGAAAGCGCAAAACAGAGGAUCAGCCUACUACGCUGAUCAUUGGAGAUGUCCUCUAUGUUCUCAAAAAUGGCAAAUUGACCGGAGCAGUAAAUUUCAAAACGACAGAACUUUUGGAUUUCGAUGAGUCAGCGGUUUUUGACAUCAGUGGAUUAGUUUCUUACAAUCCAAGCGGGAGCCUAUCAAUGUCCGAUGGCCAGAUGAUCCGCAAAAUCGAGCUUGAAUUCUCCGAUUCUAUUACCACUACAACCACGACUACAACCACAACAACGACCACAACGAAAUCGACGAAGUCGACAACAGAAAAAAUGACUACUGAAGAACUCAUCACUUUAGAUGACCCCAAAUCUUCAUACAGCAGCACAAGCAAGUUCUGCCCCGAUACCGUCAUCUCAUCCUACUCCUUCCCUGAAACCGAACAGCUUACUCUCGCCUCCGUCCCCUGUCCUAAUGGAUCAGGCUCGGCUACGUACUGGUGUGAUCGUGGAACUUGGUCAUUAGAUGGCCCUGAUUUCUCCGAAUGUCGCGAGAUUCAAAAAGAAAUCCAAAAAACUUACCCUUGGUCCGACGAGAUCGAAUCGCUCUGGCGAGGAAAUAACCAUUCCUUGGUUCUCCAACGCGUCCAAGCUGAAAUCCCGUCUCUUCAAAAAGCCGCUGCCACAAAACUGGUCAAAGAAGUCGCUCAAGUGAUGACUUCAAGCAAACAGGACAUCUCCGACUCCGCCUUGAAUCUCUUCGAAGAGCUCCACUGCCGCUCACUCCUCAAUUCCGAACAAUUUCUGUACCUUGCCUUUUCAUCAUCUUCUCUCCUCGAAAUCAGUCCUCAGCGCUGCGGAGAGCAGAUUUACCGGCAAUUCGAUUCCACCGACCGCGGCAACUUAUCAGCAGGCGCCAAAUGCGAAGUCCUCAUUCAGGAAGAGUGGACUGCUUGUGUCUUCUGCGACUUGUGCCCACAAGCGAUGUUCAUCAGAAUCGAGGAGCAAAGCCAGAGCCCGCUUUUUAGUGCCUUUUACAUCGCGACACUGUUCUCGACGAUUAUUGUCAGUGUUUUGCUCUUUAUCAUCGCUAUUUCAAGAGUCGAGAAUCUCCUUUACCCCGGGAUUCUCAGAUUGCUUACAGUUCUAUCGGUACUGUUCUGCGAUUUGAGCUUGAUUCUCACGCCCGACUACGGCAUGGUUUCAAUCAACACCACAAUUUUCCGUGAUACAGCUUUCUCCUUCUUCGUCAUUCUCGAGUUUAUGUUCCUGCUUGGCAUUUCUCACUCUCUUCGUCAGCGAACCAAGCCCGUUUCAUCGCCAAAUUUUCACGUUGAACGAUAUCUUUGCCUAGCCGCUGUGACCUCCUUAAUUCUCGUCGUUGGAACCUAUGCUGCCUUCAUAAUCUUCGGCCCUCAAAAUACCUCUGGCUGGCUUCAUCUCGGUUGGACUUGGACAAUCUCACUCAUUUUGCCCGUCCUGGUCUCUUCGUUGAUUUCAAUGUCUUGGUUUUUGCAAUCACUUUGUGUUGACUCACCAGUUCGGGUCGUUGCGGCGAAGAUGCUGCCUUUUCUUGUUAUGACUUUGAUGUCAACAGUUGUCGUUGUUGUCUCCUUCGGCCAGCCUUCCUCAAAAACCGUCGAAUGGACCGCCUGCUUCAUCUUCAUGACGAAAACUGUCAUGCUGGUCAUUGCCUUCAUACCUUCCGCAGAAGAUGUCAGCAAUCCCUUCCUCUGGUGGUCCCGCCGAUUCGGCCCAAGAAACCGUAAAGAGGGCGGAACAAUGGAAAGCUGUAAAACUGGACACAUGGGAGCUACUCCAGAGCAAAGCUGGUUAAUCGCCGAUAAUCGGGCCUCAUUGGCUGAAUUUCGCUAUAUUCCAGUUGUCCACAACUUGACCAAUCCAAACUAUGCCAAACCACGGGCUUAUCUCUCCUCGGAACGAAUCUACUCCGAAAUUGGACCGCCAGAAAACCACCCAAUUGAUCAAUACCGACCGGCUACGAUUCAGCAUUUCCGCCAAGACUCUUGCCAAACCUGGAGCGAGGAACUUUCGAAUAAUUCAAACAACUCGCAGCGCGAACGAGAAAGAAAACGAGAAGACUCGGGAGUCCAUACCGCGCAGAAUAGCUCGGAUUCUGAGCGAAAUUCGCCUGUGAGAAAUUUGGAGAAAAUUCAUCAUCACAAGAGUGAAAGCAUUUUGCAUCCGUCGGAACCUGUAAAUAUUUAA